AAAAAUAAUAUUUAAAUGUACUUUUUUAUUUCGUUAGAGAUAUCGUAGUAAUCAACCACUAUGAUAGUUAACGUGAACGACACCUAGGGAAGUGGCUUAUCAAAUAAUAUUAUAGAGAUAUUAAGAUAGUAUAUUUUAUUAGCGAGAAAAAAAUUGUGUAUCUCGUGCACAGGGUCCCACCAUAGAACCAAAAAUUAAAAGACACAAGAACAAUACAUACAUGCACGUACCAAAAUAUUCAACCGAAGAAAAAGGAGCAAGGCCCGCGAGCUUUAGCACUGGAUCGGAUUUGUUCUUCCUUCUCGAUCAUAUCGAAAAGAAGAUAGAUAACCAGAUGAUCGUAUUUACCUUUCUUUACAAUUCAAACUCAGACUUAUUUCCGACAAAUCUUUAUCUGUAAUUCAGCUCCCAUCGCAAACAUCCAAUUCUCCGACGACAAAAAUCAUGCAGGCUGAUAGGAGAGACAGGUGUACCCAUGUUCUCUUCUUAGCAUAUCAGAGUUUUGGGCUAGCAUUUGGAGAUUUGAGUAUCUCCCCUCUCUAUGUGUAUAAAUGUGCUUUCUAUGGAGGAUUGCGUCAUUACGAAACAGAAGAUACGAUGUUUGGAGCGUUUUCUUUAAUAUUUUGGACCAUAACUCUCCUCUCACUUAUCAAAUACAUGGUUUUUGUUUUAAGAGCAGACGACAAUGGUGAAGGAGGAAUUUUUGCGUUGUAUGCUUUGCUGUGCAGACACACGAGGUUUUCUUUGCUUCUGAAUCAGCAAGCUGCUGAUGAGGAGAUAUCUACAUACUAUGGCCCUGGAGAUGCAAACAGGAGUUUACCUUCUUCUGAUUUCAAAAGGCUUAUAGAACAUAAUAAAAGAUCCAAAACAGCUUUGCUUCUCUUAGUCUUGGCCGGUACUUCAAUGGUCAUUACCAUUGGUGUCCUUACACCCGCAGUUUCGGUUUCUUCCUCCAUUGAUGGACUUGUGGCCAGCACAAAUUUGAAGCACAGUACCGUGGUUAUGAUAGCAUGCGCUCUGCUUGUUGGACUUUUUGUUUUACAGCACCGUGGAACAAACAAAGUCGCCUUCUUAUUUGCACCCAUCAUGAUUUUGUGGCUGUUUUCAAUUGCAACUGUUGGUCUGUACAAUAUUUUUAAAUGGAAUCCCAGCGUAUAUAAAGCUUUGUCUCCACACUAUAUCUAUAAGUUCUUUAGAGACACUGGUAAAGAAGGGUGGUUGUCUCUUGGAGGCAUUCUUUUAUGCAUCACAGGUUGAUUUUAUUUAUUUAUUAAUGUAUUUAUUUGUGAAUGCAAAUAAUAUUCUAAACUUUGUUUAAUUUCCUCUUGGAAAAUAUUUGGAACUUCAGGAACGUAAGCUAUCUUUGCUGAGCUUGGCCAAUUUUCAGCUAAAUCUGUAAGGGUACGUUUGCUGAGAAGCUUAUCUGGCCAUUUACACUCACCAACAUAAUUGAUAAACUGUUCUUUAGCAAUAUUUGCAUCGUGUAAAAGAAACUAGCUUAGAAAGUAUCAAGAUUUGGAUUCUAUAAUAAUGAAACGGACGUACGGGUCUUAAUGCAUUUAUUUGUUCCAGUUAACUUAGUAGAUGUUUUGGUGUGGUUGGUGACAAAAUAAAAGAAACAGUAACAUGUUUGCAAUCUCAUGGCUUAAUGCAGUUUUGCAUUCUGCUGUGUUGUUUACCCAUGUCUGGUGCUUCAGUACAUGGGUCAAGCUGCGUUCUUAUCAAAGAACUUUUCUGCUCUACCGACUAGCUUCUAUUCCUCCAUCCCAAGUAAGCAUUUACUUAGUAUAUGUAUCUUUUAGUGUUACUUGUUACGUUUGUAGACAAAGUUUUUCGCGUUAGGUUCUUUGCGCAUAAUAUACAUGCCUCAUUUUGACCUUGUGUAACAUGUUAUAUGAUCUUGUCAUGAUUCUUCCUCUUGAUAUCCAGAUCCAUUUUUCUGGCCGGUUUCUAAUGAUGGCAAUGCUGGCUGCAAUGGUUGCUAGCCAAGCCGUCAUAUUUGCAACGUUCUCAAUUGUCAAACAAUGCUAUGCACUGGGAUGCUUCCCUCGUGUGAAGAUUGUUCACAAACCAAGAUGGGUCCUAGGCCAAAUCUAUAUUCCCGAGAUCAACUGGCUCCUCAUGGUCCUCACACUCACCGUCACCAUCGGUUUCCGAGACACUAGACACAUAGCUUUCGCUUUUGGUACGCAAACUUCCUCCAUACUAAAAAAGAAUAUAUAUUCCAUCAAC